ACGGAAGAAGUCGAACCCAAGAUAUUUCCGGUUCCGGUGUCAGUUCGAGGCGCCGCCGCCGCCGCCGCCGCCGCCGCAGCUGCCGUAGCCGCGAUGCCUAAAGGGAGAAAGGGAGGCCAUAAAGGCCGGGCAAGGCAGUAUACAAGCCCAGAAGAGAUCGACGCCCAGCUCCAGGCUGAGAAACAGAAGGCCAGGGAAGAAGAGGAACAAGAAGAAGGUGGUGAUGGGGCUGCAGGUGACCCCAAAAAGGAGAAGAAAUCUCUAGACUCAGAUGAGAGUGAGGAUGAAGAUGAUGACUACCAGCAAAAGCGCAAAGGCGUGGAAGGGCUCAUUGACAUCGAGAACCCCAACCGGGUAGCACAGACAACCAAAAAGGUCACACAACUGGAUCUGGAUGGGCCAAAGGAGCUUUCGAGGAGAGAACGAGAAGAGAUCGAGAAGCAGAAAGCAAAAGAACGCUACAUGAAAAUGCAUUUAGCUGGGAAGACAGAGCAGGCGAAGGCUGACCUUGCCCGGCUGGCGAUCAUCCGGAAGCAGCGGGAGGAGGCAGCGAGGAAGAAGGAAGAAGAGAGGAAAGCAAAAGACGAUGCGACUUUGUCAGGAAAGCGAAUGCAGUCGCUGUCCCUGAAUAAGUAAGCUGGCUAUGGGAGGAGAUGCCAGGGAACCCGGCCGUGCCGUCAGGACCUCUGCAGCAUCUCACCCACCCUGUGCCCUGGCGCCGCUGCAGCAGCCCUUCAUGGCCGCGAGCCCCCGGCCUGGGGCCUCCUCCAUCGUGGCACAGAAAUUGCGGGGCUGUGGGGGGAGGGGCAGCUGCUAUCUUUGUGACAGAAAGAUGCAGGACAGCAUUUCAUAUGUAACCAUUUGAAUGUUUUUGCUGUUUUUAGAAUUCAGAACCCUGGUUGGGGGGUGCUGGGAGGUGGGGUAACAAGAGCUUCCGUUUGUCCAGUAGAUUGCACGUCGGGGCAGGGUGCAGGGGGCAGGGCAGCUUCUGUGGAUUUGCAGCAGCCAGCCCCAGUCUGUUGCUGGAUGCUCACGCAGGGCUGUUGUCCGGAGCCUGCAUAAUAAUCUGGGUCCCUGAGGGUCUUGGUUUGUCCCUGGCCAGUCUCUUCCCGCCAAGGCCCUCUCUGCUCUUCCCCACCCUGUUCCCACCCAUCUGGCCAGGGCUAGUGCCCAUUUUUACCUACCCAUGAAUCAUUUCAAGAACCUCUGGUUCCUGUGCAGCACCAAGGCAGAACAUGUUCCAUAAAUUCAACUUGUAUAUUUGGCAGAUUAAAGUUGACAUUAUCGUAA